GCCGGGCAGGGCGGGGGCUGACGCAACGACCUUGAGUCCUCGAGCGCUCAGCACACGGACCGACCCCGCCUCUGUCACCUGCCUCACUCUCUCUCUCACUCUCUCUCUCUCGCACUCUCCACGCCGGAGGAGCUGCUGCGCCCUCGACUUCCUCCAUCUCGUGAGAAAUCGCCCAGGAGGAGCCACCAUGCCGUUCAGCAACACCCACAACGCGUUCAAGCUGCGCUACUCGUCCGAGGCCGAGUUCCCGGACUUGAGCCAGCACAACAACCACAUGGCCAAGGUGCUCUCGCCCGAGAUGUACGCGGCCCUGCGCGAGAGGCACACCCCCAGUGGCUUCACCCUGGACGACGUCAUCCAGACCGGGGUGGACAACCCGGGCCAUCCGUUCAUCAUGACGGUGGGCUGCGUGGCGGGAGACGAGGAGUCCUACGAGGUCUUUAAGGAGCUCUUUGACCCCAUCAUCCAGGACCGGCACAACGGCUACCUCCCAACGGACAAGCACAAGACCGACAUCGACGCAGACCACCUGAAGGGGGGGGACGACCUGGACCCGGACUACGUGCUGAGUAGCCGCGUGCGCACCGGGCGCAGCAUCCGGGGAUUCUGCCUCCCCCCUCACUGCAGCCGCGGGGAGCGCCGAGCCAUCGAGACCCUCUCCAUCGAGGCCCUGAGCCAGCUGGAUGGGGAUCUGCAGGGGAAGUACUACGCGCUCAAGAGCAUGACUGACGCCGAGCAGCAGCAGCUGAUCGACGACCACUUCCUGUUCGACAAGCCCGUCUCCCCGCUGCUGCUCGCGUCCGGCAUGGGCCGCGAUUGGCCCGACGGCCGCGGGAUCUGGCACAACGACACCAAGAAGUUCCUCGUGUGGGUGAACGAGGAGGAUCACCUCCGCGUCAUCUCCAUGGAGAAGGGCGGCGACAUGAAGUCCGUCUUCCAGCGCUUCUGCACCGGCCUCACCAAGAUCGAGGAUAUCUUCAAGCAGAAGGGCCACCCGUUCAUGUGGAACGAGCACCUGGGCUACGUGCUCACGUGUCCCUCCAACCUGGGCACGGGGCUGCGUGCCGGCGUGCACAUCAAGCUGCCCCACCUCAGCAAGCAUGCCGGCUUCGGGGACACGCUCAAGCGCCUGCGCCUGCAGAAGCGCGGCACGGGCGGCGUGGACACGGCGGCCGUCGGCGGCGUCUUCGACAUCUCCAACGCCGACCGCAUCGGCUUCUCCGAGGUGGAGCUCGUCCAGAUGGUGGUGGACGGCGUGAAGCUGCUCGUCGAGAUGGAGAAGCGCCUCGAGAAGGGCGGCAGCAUCGACGACCUCGUGCCGGCGCCCAAGUGAGAGGAGCCCGGUGCCCUCUUCGGUGAUGGUGGGGGGGCGGGAGGAGCGGUGGUGGAAGAUAAGCCGCUCGCCUGCUCGCUUGCCCGCUCGCCCGCUCGCCCGCUCGCUCGCUCGCCCGCUCGCCCGCUCGCUAGCCCGCUCGCUCGCGUGUCCACUGCUCGCCACAAUACUUUGCCUGUCCGUCCAGCUGCCUGCUCACCGAAACGCUCACCUGUCAAUAUACUGAACCGAUCAAAUUGUCCGUCCGGCGAACUGCUUACCGAAACACUCACCUGUCUAUAUACUGAACCGAUCAAACUGUCCGUCCGGCAAACCGCUCACCGAAACACUCACCUGUCUAUAUACUGAACCGAUCAAAUUGUCCGUCCGGCGAACUGCUCACCGAAACACUCACCUGGCCGUCCAGCCCUCUCUGUUCAUCGAUUCGCUCAGCAGUUCGUCCGUUCGCUUGGCUUGCGUGCUAUAAGCUCCCUGAUUCAGCCGUCUACCCACACACCUGGGAAUCCAGAUACCAACCAGUUCACCUGCGCGCCCACCCACGUACCCACGCAGCUGAAAGUCAGUAUACCCAUAAACCUACUUACACAGCCACCUACCCAGCCACGUGCCUACCUGCACAGCCACCUGUACACCCGCUUCCCUACCUGCCCAGCUACCAAUCUGCCGAGCCACUUACUCGCAUACCCCAACCACCGCAACCUUACCCCACCUAUCCAGCGCAACCGCCUACCGAAGUGUACCCCACGUACCCAUCCACUCAACCACCUCCCCACUCAGCUACCUUUAUCAUUACUCUGCGUUGGUAGCUCACGUGACGCCAUCCCGCCUCACCCCCCUAGCCCCCCCCCCCGCCCCCACCACAUCGAGUGAUGUCUAAUGAUGUAGCCCCCCCCCCCUCGUGUUACAACGCGCGUGGUGUGAUUUAUUUUUUAUGAUUAUUAUUGUGAUUAAUUGUUAAACAGUAGUAUAUUUUUUGGGGGUUGCAAUUUAGUGGUGAUGAUGAUGACUCCGAUUAUGAAGGUUGACAUAGGUCGUGAUUAGGGCAUUGUGGUGAUGAUGAUGGUGAUGAUGAAGGUGAUGAUGAUGGUAAUUAUGAUGAUGAUGGCACCCGAUGAACGUUAACUCUCAUCGCGAGAGGCAAUGAUGAUCGUAAUGAUGACUUCAUACAUUGUGAUGAUGAUGAUGGUGGUGAUGAUGUUGAUGCGGUUAACGAUGCUUUCUUAAAGAGGUUAGAAGCAUUUCAGAUGGCGGUACCACACUCGUUCUCUUCCACCUAAACCCCACACGGACACACACACACGCACGAGUGAUCAAAUGCUGCUAAAAUGAACACAAGAACGUUGUACGCCACGCGUAUUACACACACACAGUGAGAGAUGCGUCACCACACGUACACACACAGGUACACAAUAUAUUCCUAAUGACAUCACCAUUAGCCUAGGGAAAUAGAUGAGGUCAGCGUUGGUCUGUAUCGGGUCCCGCGUGACGCUACUCCCCUCUACCCUUGCCUCUCUUCCUCUCUGUCUCUCUCUCUCUCUUACAACUAAAUUAACAAACACACAGAGACAGGGCCGUCCAUAUGGUUGGGCAACUCAUCCAGUGUGACACCCCCCCCCCCCCACAACGCCUUCAAAAUAAAUCGAAAGUAUUACAUCUGACACCGUGAUGUCGAAGCGCGGGCGCCCCCCCCCCCCCACUCCACUCCUCCCACCAAAGCGCGGGGCCCGGGGCGGUCGCCCGUGAUUAGCCGUGCACUCGAGAGAGGGACGGCUCUGCCCAGAGGCUGAGAGGCCACUAAACUCACGCACCCCCCCCCCGGUCCUCCUUGAUUGAAGAGGGACCACGGGACCACCCAACCACCCCCCUCUGUCACACUCCCCAAACCGCGCUCUUACCAGUGGACCUUGUUUUCUAUGGAAGUCGCUCGAAACUGCGAUCGAUAGAAAACAAAAUAAAAGCGGAUGAGACGCGAA